AUGGCCGGGUUCCGGGGGCGGUUCGUGCGGUCGAGCAACGGUGUAAAGUGGUCAAGUACAGGCGAACCCACCAGGCCCCUGCGGCUCCAAACGCUUACCACCACCAUCCCCGACAUAGACUACUUCCAGCGCUCCCAAUGGCUCCGAGCUGCAGUCCUUGGCGCAAACGAUGGCCUCGUCUCCACUGCCUCUCUCAUGGCCGGUGUCGGUGCAUUGAAAACUGACCCAAAGGCCAUGCUUCUGUCAGGUCUUGCCGGCCUUGUCGCCGGAGCCUGCAGCAUGGCCAUCGGUGAGUUCGUCUCCGUAUACUCGCAAGUCGACAUAGAGGUGGCUCAGUUGGAGAGAGAAAGAGAGGGAGCAGAGGAAGAGAGAGAGGGCAUGAGGCACCCAAGCCCUUCGCAGGCGGCACUGGCGUCUGCAGUAGCGUUUGCGUUGGGUGCAGCAGUCCCGAUACUGGGGGCUGCGUUUGUGAGGCAGCCGGGGGUUAGGGUUGGGAUGGUGGCAGUGGCGGCAACAGCAGCGAUGGUGGGGUUUGGGGUGGCGGGGGCAGUGCUUGGGAAGACGCCAGUGGUGCGGUCGUGUGCAAGGGUGGUGGUGGGAGGAUGGCUGGCCAUGGUCGUCACCUAUGGGUUAAUGAGGGCCGUGGGGACUACUGGGUUUUAG